AUGUCGAAAGCAGUGAUUUUUCUCUUGGGGCUUCUUACUCUGACCCCAUUGUUUGCUCAUGCUUAUGAUGAUGGAGGUUGGGUUAACGCCCAUGCCACUUUCUAUGGUGGGGGUGAUGCCUCUGGCACUAUGGGUGGAGCUUGUGGGUAUGGAAACCUAUACAGUCAAGGGUACGGCACAAACACAGCAGCACUAAGCACAGCCUUGUUCAACAAUGGCUUGAGCUGCGGGGCUUGCUUUGAGAUCAAGUGUGUCAAUGACCCCAAAUGGUGCCUUCCAGGCUCUAUUUUGGUCACUGCCACCAAUUUCUGCCCUCCAAACAAUGCACUCCCUAACAACAACGGCGGUUGGUGCAACCCUCCUCAGCACCAUUUCGAUCUCGCCCAGCCCGUCUUCCAGCAUAUUGCUCAAUACAGAGCUGGAAUCGUCCCUGUCUCCUACCGAAGAGUACCUUGCCAAAAGAAGGGUGGAAUAAGGUUCACUAUCAACGGUCACUCAUACUUCAACCUGGUCCUAAUCACAAACGUUGGUGGUGCUGGUGAUGUUCAGUCUGUUUCCAUCAAAGGGUCAAGAACUAAUUGGCAACCCAUGUCUAGGAACUGGGGUCAGAACUGGCAGAGCAACUCUUACCUCGACGGCCAAAGCCUCUCAUUCAAGGUCACAACCAGUGAUGGCCGCACUGUGGUCUCUAACAAUGCUGUUGCGGCCGGAUGGUCUUUCGGACAAACUUUCUCCGGCCUCCAAUUCCCAUAAACCAAACAAAUCAAAGACGAAUAAGAAGAAGAAGAAUAAGAAGCUACAAGUUUUGUUUAGGUUAAUUUAGAGUUGAUUUGUGAGAAGGGCUUAUAUUAAAUGGUCCUUGUCGUCGUUUUGAUAUGCUCUCAUUUGUAAAGGAGCAGACAGAAAUUAAGUUAAAAUUUGGCAGCGGUGGGCAUUAGAGUAUCACCCGCCACAUUUUGUUAGGUUUUGUUAGUUAUUUAGCUAGUGUGCUCUGGUUGCUUUAGGCUUUGUUUAACUUGUCUAUGAAGCUAUUGUAAUUAGCUUUAGUUUCCUGCUGCAUUGUGUGUUUUUCUUAGUCGGAAUUGUUUAAGUGUACGACUUUUUGUUUUAAAUAAAGUCUCCUCUCCCUCUCCAUGAAGUUG